CAGGUCUCAGCUGCGGUUUGAUAGUUGUCUGCAGGAUUCGACGUUCAUUGACGGAGGGAUGUGGAGGUGAUGCGGACCGGGGAGGGGUCUUGGAGUCUCUGCAGAGUCCCUGAGCCAGACCCCAGAGUGAGGCUGCAGUAUCUUCCUUCUGAUCCCAGCAGCUCUAGUUGAGUCCAUGGACUCCACCGAACUCUUAGAUCCAAGAGCGGAGUUGUCAGCAAGAGUGCCCUAGGGCUGAGGUCCAGCGGGAACAUGCCAGCUAAUGUGGACUCUUCCCAGCCUGGGGGACAUGGCAACACCUCUGAGGUACCAGUGUCAUUUGAGGAUGUGACUGUGGACUUCAGCCAGGAGGAGUGGCAGCAGCUAGACUCUACUCAAAGACGCCUAUACCAGGAUGUAAUGCUGGAGAACUACAGCCACCUACUCUCAGUGGGGUUUGAAGUUCCCAAACCAGAGGUCAUUUUCAAGUUGGAGCAAGGAGAAGAGCCAUGGAUGUUGGAGGAGGGAGCCCCACACCAGAGUGGUUCAGAUGGGAAGUUUGGAAUUAAGAUUUCACAAAAAAGAAUUCCUGGAAAAGCUACAUUUCAUAGUGAAAUGGAGAGUGAAGAUGCAAGCGAUGAUUCACUGUAUUCCAUUUUAGAAGAACUGUGGCAAGAUGCUAAACAGAUAAAGAGAUGCCAGAAAAAACAAAACAAAGUUUUGAAUUAUGGUUCUUUUAUCAAUAAGAAAAUAUUGAAUACACAGUGGGAUUAUGAACAUAAAGAUACUGGAAAAUUUGUUCAUCCAAACCCUAAACUCAUUCUUUCACAGAAAAGACCCCAUAAAUAUGGCUCAUUUGGGAAGAGUUUUAAGCAUAAUUUAAACUUACAUAUUCAUAAUAAAAACAAUACAGCAAAGAACUUUGAUAAAACUAUUGAAAAUGGUCAUGUUUUUACCCAGAGCUCUUCCUGUACUCUCCAUGAAAACACACAGAUGGAAGUGAAGUUCUGUGAACAUAAUCAAUGUGGAAAAGUCCUCAGCUUUAAACACUCACUCAGUCAAAAUCUGAAAUUGCCUGUUGGGGAGAAAGCAAACACAUGUACUGAAUUUGGGAAGAUCUUUACUCAGAAGUCACACCUCUUUGCACCUCAGAGAAUUCAUGCUGUGGAAAAACCUCAUGAACUUAGCAAAUGUGUAAAUGUUUUUACACAGAAACCACUACUUAGUAUAUAUCUGAGAGUUCAUAGGGAUGAAAAACUAUAUGUAUGUACUAAAUGUGGGAAAGCCUUCAUACAGAAUUCAGAAUUAAUUGUUCAUGAGAAAACUCAUACUAGAGAGAAACCCUAUAAGUGCAGUGAAUGUGGAAAAUCAUUUUUCCAGGUGUCAUCUCUACUCAGGCAUCAGACAACUCAUACUGGAGAAAAACUCUAUGAAUGUAGUGAAUGUGGGAAAGGCUUCUCCCUGAACUCAGCCCUCAAUAUACAUCAGAAAAUUCAUACUGGAGAGAGACAUCACAAAUGUAGUGAGUGUGGGAAAGCCUUUACCCAAAAAUCAACACUCAGGAUGCAUCAGAGAAUUCAUACAGGAGAGAGAUCCUAUAUAUGUACAGAAUGUGGGCAGGCCUUCAUCCAGAAGGCACACUUGAUUGCACAUCAAAGAAUUCAUACUGGAGAGAAGCCUUAUGAAUGCAGUGACUGUGGGAAAUCUUUCCCUUCUAAGUCACAGCUCCAGAUGCAUAAGCGAAUUCACACAGGAGAGAAACCCUAUAUAUGCACUGAAUGUGGGAAGGCCUUCACCAACAGAUCAAAUCUCAAUACUCACCAGAAAUCUCAUACUGGAGAAAAAUCUUAUAUAUGUGCUGAAUGUGGGAAGGCUUUCACUGACAGAUCAAAUUUCAAUAAACACCAGACCAUUCAUACUGGAGAGAAACCCUACGUUUGUGUGGAUUGUGGGAGGGCUUUCAUCCAGAAGUCAGAGUUAAUUACACAUCAGAGAAUUCAUACUACAGAGAAGCCUUACAAAUGUCCUGACUGUGAGAAAUCCUUCUCCAAGAAACCACAUCUCAAAGUACAUCAGCGAAUUCACACAGGAGAGAAACCAUAUAUAUGUGCAGAAUGCGGGAAGGCCUUCACUGACAGGUCAAAUUUUAAUAAACACCAGGCAAUUCAUACUGGAAAUAAACCAUAUAAAUGCAGUGACUGUGGAAAGGGCUUCACGCAAAAAUCAGUUCUCAGUAUGCAUCGCAAUAUUCAUACAUGAAAGUAACCCUGAUUCUCAAGAGUAACCCUGGUUCUUGAAAAUGAGAGAGCCUUAUCAUAGAAGUCAGGUUUAAGUGUAUGUUAGAAAAUUCAUCCAAGACAUCCUAUGUGAAUAUGUUGUAUAACAAAACAUUCAUCAGGCUGUCUCACCUAGGAUGAAAAAAAUUAUUCUGAAGAGACCCUCUAAAUAUGCACUAGAGGAGGGAGAAUUUCCAUUAUUUGCACAGCCUCACAAAAUAUAAUAGAAGUUAUACUGAAGAAAAUAAUGUCAAUUUGAUGUGUUAGGAAGAGCCUUCCUAUAGAAAGUAUUAUAAGGCAGAUUGUUACCAAAUUCUUUUUAGAAGAAAUGUGCAAAAUUAUCUAAAUGACAGUUAUGUUUACUAUACAUACUAUGUUGAUCAGUUUAAAGUGACAACAAAAUGAAAGGACAACAAAGUAAUAUAAUUGAUGUGUAAACCUACUCUCAGUUCUGUGGGGUGUUUGCAGCAGAGCAUAUUACAUAACAGGAAGGAUAAUUUAAUUGAAAUUCUUUUUCAAAUUGAGAAUAAUUGUAUCUAUGAAAUAUGUUUCUUAUCUCGAAUGUUUCUAUGAAAUGAAUCCAUAAUUUAAAAGUCACUUUGGUAUUAUAUAUACAUAUAUCUGAAGAUAUAAUUUUACAUAAAUAUGUAAAUAUAAU